AUGGUCAAGACUAGUGUUUUGAACGAUGCGCUCAACGCCAUCAACAACGCCGAGAAGGCCGGCAAGCGCCAGGUCCUCAUCAGACCCAGCUCCAAGGUCAUCGUCAAGUUCUUGUCCGUCAUGCAGAAGCACGGCGGUUGUUUCGAUUUUAAACCCACUCUACAACGCUACAUUGGUGAAUUCGAGGAAGUUGAUGACCACCGUUCCGGCAAGAUUGUCAUCCAGCUCAACGGCCGUCUCAACAAGACUGGUGUCAUCUCUCCCCGCUACAACGUUCAGCUCCGCGAGCUCGAGAAGUGGGUUGUCCGUCUGCUCCCAUCCCGUCAGUUCGGAUACAUUGUCCUCACCACCUCUGCUGGUAUCAUGGACCACGAGGAGGCUCGUCGCAAGCACGUUGCCGGAAAGAUCAUUGGUUUCUUCUACUAG